UUUCCGUCGACGGUCGCAGCAGGAAGACCCUCUACCGGGUGAUUUUUGUUUUGGGUGACAUUUCUCCCCCGUCCUUCAGCAGGAAAAUGUACUACAAGUUCAGUGGUUUUACCCAGAAACUGACGGGAUCUGCUCCCACGGCCGCCUACAGCCCUCAGGGGCUGAGGCCGGGUGUGCCAGCAGAGUCCCCUGCCAUGAUCUUUGCCACCCCCACCAAAGUGGUGUCAGAGUCCGGGGCCACAGUGGAGUACCUGGGAACAAACAGGGUUCCUGACCUUCAGAGGUUAUUCCAGACGUCAGACGGUAUCCCCAUUCAUUUGAAGCGUGGAGUUCCCGACAGGCUACUGUACCGCACCACCAUGGCUCUCACUGUGGGAGGCGCUCUCUACUGUAUGGUGGCUCUUUACUUCGCAGCGCAGCCCAGCAAUAAGUGACCAACACAAAAAACAGGAUCUUUGUACAACACCUCUGACACCACGCUACUGUAAUUCAUCAACCCAUCAUUCCCAGCCGCCAUCUACCCUCGCCAUGCCACCUCUUGGGACUCUAAUCGCUGUUGGAGCAUCACACUCGAUGAUAACAACAACAAUGUCUGUCUUCUUUGUUGAAAAAAUGUCUGUUAAUAAAUUUUAGGUAAAACAUG